GUGAAGAGAGACAGCUCUUUCAGGAAGCUCUCACAUCUGCUUAGAUGGCCUCUGUGGUGGACUAACGAAAUAGAAGAGUACAUUUAGGAUUGAAAUUACUAAGAAAAUUGUAUAUAUUGCAUAUGCUUUUUUCCCUUUGGCUUUAUAAACAUCCGUAUACUCUAACUGAGGAGAAUGUGAAUUAUUUUGUCUAAGUUAUCACUAUGUUAUAUUAAUAUGAACACUUGUGUGAAGAAAUCACUCUUAGGUAAAAUAGUCACCUAGACAGGGUCGGCACUCAGAAGGAACAUCAACAUCCCACACUUGUAUGACAUCACUUCUCCUCCAGGCUUCCUGCUCAGCCCUGUGGUCCACACCGUUCUUUAAAAAGCACAAACACAUCUCUGCACCAUCCUUGGAACAUCACUUCUCAUGGCAGUUUCUAGGAUCACUCGGUGGAGACUGAUGUCUGUCAUCUUUGGAAUAAAAUGUCUUUUCUUGAUGGUUACUUUGGGAGUUUUGCUGAUAAAUUCAUUUACUAUACAGAACAUUCAAUCAACACCUUCUCCAACCACCACUGUAGAAUUCCAGGAAGUUUCUGAAUGCUGUGUUUGCCUGGACAAGUGGGUUGGGCAUCAGUGCAAUUGUUACUUUAUUUCCAAAGAAGAAAAGUCUUGGAAAAGAAGCAGAGAUUUCUGUGCUUCGCAGAAUUCCAGCCUUCUUCAGCCCCAAUCCAGAAAUGAAUUGAGUUUUAUGAACUUCAGUCAAACCUUUUUCUGGAUUGGAAUGCAUUAUAGUGAAAAAAGAAAUGCCUGGCUAUGGGAGGAUGGCACAGUUCCCUCAAAAGAUUUAUUUCCAGAAUUCUCAGUUAUCAGGCCAGAGCACUGCAUUGUUUACAGUCCAAGCAAAAGCGUUUCUGCUGAAUCCUGUGAAAAUAAAAACCGUUACAUCUGUAAGAAACUGCCUAUUUAAAUGUUUCUUAAGGCAAAGGGUAUAGACAAGGAAGGUCCACGGUUACUAAAAAUAGUAACAGCUCUCAAUAUUACUACCUUUCCAUCUUGUGUCUGUAGAAUGUUUUUGUUUGGUAGUAUAUAAUUCUCAUACAUUUGUACCCAAGUAAUUUAUACUUGAUGGCUUCUUCACACGUGUGCAUAAAGUUCAGAUGAAGCAAAAAUAGAGAGGUUUUAUAAAUAUUUUGACUUAUGAAAUAUAAUUUUAUUCAAUAUUCCUGUAAAGUUUUCUUGGAAACAUUAAAUAAAAUUUAUUCUACACCAA